UAAAAACGGACACGCACGAGCUGUGUUCUUCACUGUCAGCUGGAAGAGGAAAAAACAUUUUGCACGUCAAAAUCUGCUUCGUGGCCGCUGUUUACAGGAUCCUGCAUUUUGUUUGAUCCAACAACAACAACAAAAAACAUGUGGACGAUCCCGAAGCCAAGAUACAGAAGGUGCGAGGAAGAUGAGCCUGAGAUCACUGUGAAUAUCGGCGGGGUUCGAGUGGUGCUUUUUGGGGAUGUUCUGAAUCGUUACCCGGAGAGCAGACUGGCCGAGUUAGUGAACUGCUCAUCAGCUCACAAUGAUGAAUUUAUUUCGUCUCUUUGUGACGACUUUGACCCCGGCAGAAAGGAGUUUUACUUCGACCGAGAUCCAGAUGCCUUCAAGUGCAUCAUGGAUGUUUAUUACUUUGAUGAAAUCCAUAUUAAACGUGGUAUUUGCCCCAUAUGCUUCAUCAAGGAGAUGGAGUUCUGGAGAAUAGACCAGAGUGUUUUAGAUGACUGCUGUAAAAGUUACCUGAGUGAGAAGGAGGGGGAGCUGAAGGAGAUCGCUAGCAAAGUGAAGGUAAUUUUGGAGGACAUGGAGGUGAAUCAGAACGCUACGAACAUCCAGCAAUGUCAGAGGUUCUUAUGGAGGCUGAUGGAGAAGCCUGGUUCCUCUUUCCCGGCUCGCGUAAUCGCCAUCGCUUCCUUCCUCUCCAUCCUGGUCUCAGCGGUGGUGAUGUGUGUAGGAACCAUCCCAGACUUGCAGGUGGCGGACGCCGAAGGGAAGCUGGUGGAACACCCAACUUUGGAGGCUAUCGAAACCGCCUGCAUGCUGUGGUUCACCGCAGAGUACUUGCUGCGCCUCGCCUCCUCGCCCAAUAAGUUACACUUUGCGCUCUCCUUCAUGAACGUCGUAGACUUCAUGGCAAUCAUUCCUUUUUACGUGGUCCUAAGUCUGACCUACCUCGGCACCACCUCCAUGAUGGAGCUGGCCAAUGUUCAGCAGGCAGUGCAAGCGCUGCGCAUCAUGCGCAUAGCGCGCAUCUUCAAGUUGGCACGCCACUCGUCAGGACUCCAGACGCUCACCUACGCGCUCAAGAGGAGCCUGAAAGAGCUGGGGCUGCUCCUCAUGUACAUGGGCGUAGGGAUUUUUGUCUUCUCUGCUAUGGGCUACACUAUGGAGCAAAGUCACCCUGAGACUCUCUUCAGGAGCAUUCCACAAUCCUUCUGGUGGGCCAUCAUCACCAUGACCACCGUGGGAUAUGGAGAUAUCUACCCCAAAACCACACUGGGCAAGUGCAACGCCGCCGUGAGCUUCUUGUGUGGAGUCAUAGCCAUCGCCUUACCCAUACACCCCAUCAUUAAUAACUUCGUGGUGUUCUACAACAAGCAGAAGGUGCUGGAGACUGCAGCAAAGCAUGAAGUGGAGCUCAUGGAGCUUAAGUCUGUUGGAGACCACCGCAGAAAGGACAGCGAUAACGAUGAUGCAUAGACACAUGGACCAGCCAGUUUGUACAACUCAAAGAGUGUGUACAAUGUGCUGUAUCAUGCAGAACACCCUGCACAUAUUCGAAUAACUAGACUUGCAUGCUCGUAGACAAGCACAAUGCAUCCCACCUGCCAUCCUCAUUUCUUUAUAAGACUGUAUGUACCAUACAAGUUGUUGAGCUAAACAGUCACCAUUAAUAUGAAACACUUAACUUUUGACACUUCUAUGAAGAAAGAACAAAAUAAUAAUUUUCUUAUCAAAAUUCAAAUAAAACUGUGACAUUUGCUCAGCCGACCGACCAUGAAUCCAUGAACAAUACAGCCGUCCUUUGUUUAUCACGGUUAAUUGGUUCCAGACCUGACCGUGAUAAGUGAAUUUCAGAAGUAGGAGUCAAUAUUAAUAAAUGGAAUAUUUUGGUAGUUACAGCAUAGAAAACCUGUUUGACUUUCUAAAUAUGAUUGUUACCAUUAUUAGAGCCCUAUGGACACGAACUAACACCCCUAAAGUCACCUUUACACUCAUAUUAUUGGUUGUUUACACCACAUUGCUCAACUGUAAUGAGCAGGCUACGGGAUCACUGCAGGGACAAAAGAGACAGCUGGAGCUUUAAACACAGCAUGCUACCGAGCAAACUAGUUAACCUCCAGUUUAUUUAUUCUAAACUUAAAAAAGGAUUUCAAAUGGAGUGGGGAAGAAGGACAAAGUAAGUAGCCAAAAACCUACCACUUCCACACGGAAUGGGAGGAUAACUUCUUUUCACACUAUCACGUCGGACAUGCCAUGGCUGACUACAUGCAGUGUGAAGGUAAUCUAAUCAAUGGCAUGUCUCAUCAAUGGAACAUUAUGACUCCUGACUCCUAGUGGGCAGAAUAGUACAUAUAACUUGACUUUCAAUUGUUUUUGACUCAUAAUAUUCCAUAGUCAACCACAGAACAGCAUUUAUUUAUUCAUUUUUGAAAAACUGUGAUGGAGUGGGGGAGCGAUGUUCGAACCACAGUGUAGCGAGGGACGACUGCUAUACUAACUGUUAUGUUUGUAUUGCAGUAGCAGGACAUGCUCAUCUGGACGCCCCGUGGACUGGCUGACAUCACCAUAAGCAGUUGUUGACAUACUGUAGCUGAAAUCCAAACUGAAUGUAACCAUUGCUUGCUCGUUUACUUGUAGCUGUUGCCACAGCCAGGGUGAUAAUACAAGUCUAGUUUGUUCUGUUUUCAUAUGAUGUUGUAGCGACAACAGUGUUGUGUAUGGUUCUGAGCUGCGAUUCAGGGUUUGGGCUAUAGGGGGCAGGGGCGUUUUCCUGCUAAUUUAAGCCAAACCAAGAGAAAAGAAGAGCUGCCAAGCGUGUUGUCCGCAUUGAAGUGUGGUGUGCGUCUUGCUGUAAGGUAUACAGUGCUACACAUUCUAAAAAAAAUAACACAUGUGUACAGAAUCCAGGUUAAAACAGCCAUGCUUUUAUUUUGAAGCUUAUUUUGCACUGAAAUGUAUUAAAAAUGUAUAUAACAAUAUUACAGUAUUUUCUGGACUAUAAGUCACAUUUUUGUCAUAGUUUGGCUGCUCCUGCGACUUAUGGUCAGAUGCGACUUAUAUAUCAAAAUACAUACAAAACCUGUUUUUACAGUAAAUGCUAAUCCAUGCUGACUGCCAUGAACCAAGGAGUGAACAUUACCGUCGACAACUGCGACAGGCUGCUCAAGGCUAGCGACACCGAGGAUGAAGAAUUCAGUGAUGUGGAAUGAGAUUGGGAGUUUGGUGAAAUUGAGUACCGGUAACUUGCUUGUUGGACUCACGAGCUUGUUAUGUUAAUUUAGCCUAUUCAGCCUCCCAGGUAUGUUCUUAGUGUAGCUGAUAGCUGUUAAUGUGUUACGUUAACAUACCAAACACCAAUUCAGCCUGUUGUCCUGUGUGCUAUUGUGUAUUUCAAUAACUUGCCUUUCCAGAUUAAAUGUCUGUUGUUGGUCAUGAAUUUUGUGAAAUAAACUUCUAA